AUCAGGUGCCCUGAGAGGGUGAGAGCUGCCAAGAGUCCAGAUUUCCUACAACGGGGCAAGGUGACUGUGCGUGGGCAUUCGGACUGGACCCCAGAGCUGUGGAUCUUUUAAACCUUCGCUGGGAGUAGUGACUUUGCGCUGUUUCUAUGGAGCUGUUGCCCCCACCACUGCGGGACAUGGAAGUCACUGAGGGAUCUCUCUGCGCCUUCCCGACCCCCGACGACUUCUACGACGACCCCUGUUUCAAUACCUCAGACAUGAGUUUCUUUGAAGACCUGGACCCCAGGCUGGUGCACGUGACUCUUCUGAAACCAGAGGAACCCCACCAUAACGAGGAUGAGCACGUGAGGGCCCCCAGUGGGCACCAUCAGGCUGGCAGGUGCUUGUUGUGGGCAUGCAAAGCCUGUAAGAGAAAGACAACCAAUGCCGACAGGAGGAAGGCCGCCACUAUGAGGGAGAGAAGGAGACUCAGCAAGGUCAAUGAAGCGUUUGAGACCCUGAAGCGAUACACCUCAACUAACCCCAACCAAAGGCUCCCCAAAGUGGAGAUCCUGCGCAACGCGAUUCGCUACAUAGAGAGCCUCCAGGCUCUGCUCCACGACCAGGAUGAGGCUUUCUACCCGGUUCUGGAACAUUACAGUGGGGACUCAGAUGCCUCAAGCCCCAGGUCCAACUGCUCCGAUGGCAUGAUGGAUUAUAACAGCCCCCCCUGCGGCUCCAGGAGAAGGAACAGCUACGACAGCAGCUUCUACAGUGACAGCCCAAAUGACUCGAGACUUGGGAAAAGUUCAGUGAUCUCCAGCCUUGACUGCCUCUCCAGCAUCGUAGAGCGGAUCUCCACCCAAAGCCCCAGCUGCCCCGUCCCCACAGCUGUGGAUAGUGGAUCCGAGGGCAGUCCCUGUUCUCCCCUGCAGGGGGAGACAUUGAGCGAGAGAGUAAUCACCAUCCCUUCUCCCAGCAAUACCUGCACUCAACUGUCCCAGGACCCCAGCAGCACCAUCUAUCACGUCUUAUAGGCUUCAGCCUGCCUCCUGCUGGUUGCUGAUUUCCAUUAACAGGAUUCUCUCCUAAUUCCUUCCCAAUCCAUGAACUUCCCCUUUAUUUAUUGGUUUGUCCUGGCCAAAGGAUUCUGCCAUAUUUCCAAUGUAAAUAACCAAGCCCCUCCCAAUAUCCAAUCAGAUUGCAGCUGGUGUUGAAGGACAGACCACUCUGGAACCUUAGGGGUUACAUGACCUGCCAAUGUUGUGUUGAGCACGGACAAUGGGGCAAUUCCCCCCUGAGGCCAAAGGAAACUUGCGGACCACUUUUUGUAAGAUUUUUUUAUAGAUUUGUAAAUAAGAGGUGAUUGUGCCUUAUUUAUGUGCUUGGUGUGUUGUGCCAGAUGCUCCUUUAUAUAUUUAUACUGUGUGAAUGCUCCGGAUGCUUCCAGAAUAUUCUAAAUAAAGUACCUUAUUUAUAAAC